AUGGCAGGCAAGUUCUUAUUCAGUUUGGAAUUCUUACCACCGGAAAUAAAGUAUUUUGUUGCAAGAUUUCUAAAGCUGUCCGGUUGGCCAUAUUUGCAAGCCAAGUACAAAACACUCGAACAUGCUUCACAGGACCCAUAUUUGUUAACAAAUUCGUUGAAAGUUUUGUCAUCAAGCGAAUCCUCGAUAAUCAUAUCAGGUGUUCUGUAG